GUCCCCCCUGCCUGGAGGAGGGAGGGUGGGCUCAAGGACCUCUCUGAGAUUCCAGUACAGCUUCUCCGGGCAGCAGGUUCCUAGCUAUGACGUCCCUGGGUUCCCGGUCUGGAAAAUGGAUCCAAGGAUUCUCUUUGUCUCCUGGGCCUAGGAUGUAAUCAGGCAAGUGAAGCUGAGUUGGCUGCUCCAGGAUGCACCACAGCUCUGAGAAGGGGAAGCAGAAGUCCUGCUGGUUCUGCUAUGGCGUGUGAACCGCAGAUGGACCCCGGCGGGGCGGCCGGCCCCUUGCCCACCUCCUCCCCUGGGUGGAGCGCCCUGCCUGGCGGGAGCCCUCCUGGCUGGGGGCGAGAGCUCCACAAUGGCCAGGUCCUCACCGUUCUCCGGAUUGACAAUACCUGUGCACCCAUCUCCUUCGAUCUGGGAGCCGCCGAAGAACAACUGCAGACCUGGGGCAUUCAGGUCCCGGCUGAGCAGUACAGGAGCCUGGCUGAGAGUGCCCUCCUGGAGCCCCAAGUGAGAAGAUACAUCAUCUACAACUCGAGGCCUGUGCGGCUGGCCUUCGCUGUGGUGUUCUACGUGGUGGUGUGGGCCAACAUCUACUCCACCAGCCAGAUGUUCGCCCUGGGGAACCACUGGGUGGCCGUGCUGCUCGUGACCCUGGCUGCCAUGAGCCUGACCCUGACUCUUGUGCUCAUUUUCGAGAGACACCAGAGGAAGGCCAACGCCAACACGGAUCUGAGGCUGGCAGCUGCCAACGGAGCCCUCCUGAGACACCGGGUGCUGUUGGGGGUGACAGACACAGUGGAAGGCUGCCAGAGUGUGAUUCAGCUCUGGUUUGUCUACUUCGACCUGGAGACCUGUGUGCAGUUUUUGUCCGACCAUGUUCGAGAAAUGAAGACGAGCCAAGAGUCCUUGCUGAGAAGCAGAUUGAGCCAGCUGUGUGUUGUCACGGAGACUGGGGUGAGCCCCUCAGUGGCCGAGGGGCCGGAGAACCUGCUGGAGGAAGCUCCUCUCCUGCCCAGCAGUCCUCGUCCCACGGAGAGGACACUCAUGCAGACCGAGCUGCGCCAGCUUAUUCCUGAGGCCGAGCCGGAGGAAAUGGCCCAGCAGCUGCUGGCAGUGUUUGGUGGCUACUACAUCCGACUCCUGGUGACUUCUCAGCUCCCCCAGGCAUUGGGCACACGACACACAGACUCUCCAAGGAUUCCAUGCCCCUGCCAGCUCAUAGAAGCCCACAUCCUGGGUACAGGGUGCUGCCCAUUCCUGGCCAGGUGACCUAGGGACGAAGGUACUCAUCUUCUUCCAAGGCUGAAGGUGAGAAGUCAGGGAGGCCUCAGGAUCCCAAGGUGGCCGACGGUGAGCCCUAGGCGAGGAGAGCAGCGUCUGGGGGCACUCUGAGGCUGUCAGUCAUGUCAGCACUGCGAAUAUUGUGCUCACUCCAGGACCCUGCACAAGAAUGGCUUGUCGACAUCCCACACUGACCCCUGGCCUUUGCAGAAGCCGAUGGUCCCACUCUGAGGUACUUUCUGUGCUGCUUAGAACUGUGGGCGUGGAUGAAAGGGCCACCCGCACAUCCCUUUCAUUGUCUGGAGAGCCCAGGAAAUGUGAAGCUGACCAGACCGGGCUGAAUGUGUGUCCAAAGCUUGGUCUCAGGUGAUGCUCCUGUCCCCACCCCCUUCUUGUCAGAUGGAGACUCAGGGAGGACACUGCUCUUUGUGGCAUUGCCUUGGGCCCCUUAGAUUAUAAGAAGCCUCUUCCCAAUCUGAAGUGAAGAAGUAAAUUCUCAGAAUGUUCUCCAUUUUUAAGUUGGUUUUUUCCCUACAUUUUCUGAAAAACGAUGGCACUUGGACUUGUAUGCUAGCACACAGGCCUUCAGGAGUAGGAGACAAACGGCCUGUAACUGCUAAUGGGAAUAUUUGGAAGAGACUGAUCCUGUCUGAUUGGAGGACAUAUUUUGUUCAAAGGCAUGCUUGCUUGUGGGUAUGGUUUCAUACUGCAGACGGAGAAUGGCGGUUUGUCCCUUAACACUAACACUGUCCUGGAGUGAAGCGUAAUCUGUCACUUGUGGAAUUCCAUGAAGAGCUCAGAGGCUGCCAGGUGCUCUGCUUCUGAACAAGUUUGAAGACCCGUUGUUCCCUAGGCCCAAAUCCAAAAGCCCUAGCCUGGCAUUUAAAGGCUUCCCAGCACCUAAGACCUGGCCUUCAUCUGCAAAUUUGGCUUCAUUGCCCAUAAAAAUCCUUCAUAGGUUGAAACUCUUUUCCUGGACUGACAUACCUGUUCCUCUGUAUCUGCUGGACUACUAUGCAUGCUUUU